UCCUGGUCUGGUUAGGCCUAGUUUAUAGUCAGAUCCAGAUCUAGAAUAGUUGACAAUCACAUAUGGUUAAUUUAAAAUAGACCCUAAAUUCUAGAUUCAGAGAAAUAAAGUUGAAACUAGCAAACAAAAUGCAUAAAAGUUCUAAUUACAAUAAUAUAUCUAAUUCUAGAUCCAAUCAAUGUUUUAAACCUUCAUUAAAAAGAAUUUAUUUAUUUGUUAGUUUCAUUUUAAUAAUUUUUAUUUUAUUUAACACCAUACACACAAGUGACACAGCUGAAGCCUCAGUGAAAAGGCCGCAGCGAUGGGUAACAAAAGAGUCAGCACUCAUUUUUUUAACCAAAGAAAUGUCAAAAAUGGAGGAUUUUAAAUCUAACAUUUUGAAACCUAUUGUUAUUGAAAGAGUAUCAGGGAGUGAUGGAAAUAAACUGGUACAAAAGCAUAUAGUUUCUAUGUUGAAAACCCUGGACUGGCACAUAGAAGAAGAUAGAUUUACAGAUGUCACGCCAUAUGGGCAGAAGGAAUUUACUAACAUUAUUGCAACUUAUGAUCCUUCCAAGCCUGUGAAAGUGGUGCUAGCAUGCCAUUUUGAUUCUAAGUACUUUACAGACUUUAAGUUUGUUGCUGCUACUGAUUCUGCUGUGCCUUGUGCUAUUUUAUUGGAAACAGCUAGACAGUUAGAUUGUCUAAUGAAGAAAGGCCCAAAAGAAGCUAGUUCUGCCAAAGAUAUUACUCUCCAGCUGCUCUUCUUAGAUGGGGAGGAGGCUUUUAAGCAGUGGACAAGCACAGAUUCUAUAUACGGUGCUAGACAUUUGGCUCAGCGCUGGGAGAAAGAACAAAAACUCUCUUCAAUUCGUGAAUUUAUCCUGCUGGAUCUUAUAGGAACGUCGGACACACACUUUGCAAGACAAUUUUCUGAGACUAAAGAGUUGUAUGCCAACCUGGUUAAAAUAGAGUCAUUACUGGGAGAAAAAGGCUUACUGACAGUCAAGCGUUCAUCUCCCAUAUUCACAGAGAGGGAGAACUGGGGAGGAAUUGAAGAUGACCAUAUCCCAUUUAUGGAAAGAGGUGUAGAAGUACUUCAUCUGAUCUCCUCCCCAUUUCCAUCUGUUUGGCACAAUGUAAAAGAUGAUUGGGACCACCUUGACUUCAACCUCAUAGAUGACUUCAGCCGCAUAUUCCGGGUGUUUGUCUCCAACCUCUUGCACCUACAGCCUGAAGAGCGAAGCUGCCGUAAAAAAUGUUAAGCUCAAGCAUUCAUGAUUUAGAGAAGUAAAUAUAUUUUGGUUUGUGUCUUUCUGUUUGGUACAGUAGUUAACUUUUUUAUUUCCUGUCUAAGAAAAGUAAACAUAUUUUGGUUUGUGUGUUUCUGUUUGGUGCAGUUUCACCUUUUUAUUUUGUUUUGUGAAACUGAUUUUUAAAAAAAAUUGUAUUGGGUCUGGUAAUCUUCUAGAUGAAAUUAUUUGUUUUAUUUUGGCUGAAUUAUUAUGUGUUUACACAAAACAUUCUUGAGAUAGCAGUGCAAAUAAACUAAAUGGCAGGAAGCUUUUUGGGAAAUAAGCUAACAAGAAUUGUUAUCUAUAUUCAUGUAAAACAGUAUAUUGAAAAUAGAAACAGUGUAUUUCCUGUCUAAUUAUAUAUAGGUGUGAGGUUUUCUUUAAUUGCAUAACCAAAUGGUUAUUAGGAAAUAAAUUUACUGCAUGCUGCUUCAAAUUGUAUGUUUCUGCCCUGUUGUGUAGUGCCUAGUAACAGUGCUUUAGUUAUUUAGAAAACUGCCUCUCAACUUGAUCACUUAGUACAGGAUACACAUUGGUUGUGAAAGAUCUGUCUAUAACAUACACUUGAUCACUUUGUACACUAUACACAUUGGUUGUGAAAGAUCUGUCUGUAACAUACAAUUGAUCACUUAGUACAGGAUACACAUUGGUUGUGAAAGAUCUGUCUGUAACAUACAAUUGAUUACUUAGUACAGGAUACACAUUGGUUGUGAAAGAUCUGUCUGUAACAUACAACUGAUCACUUAGUACAGGAUACACAUUGGUUGUGAAAGAUCUGUCUGUAACAUACAAUUGAUCACUUAGUACAGGAUACACAUUGGUUGUGAAAGAUCUGUCUGUAACAUACUAUUGAUCACUAAACCUUAUGAUAGAUAUCUGCACAAGACAAAUAUUGACCUCUUCCAGUUAACAUGAUACCAGAUAUGUCUAUACAUGAUAUCCUUAGGAUUCUUUGUCUAGAUAUAUUUGUAUAGAACAUGUGAAACCAUUUCACCAAAAGAAAAAGAAAUUAAUAAAUUUUUUAAAAAGUUACCUGAAGCUCAACUGAAAAAAAUGUGAAUAUAAUCAUUAUCUUGUGGUUAACAGGUGGCUUUAGGUGGAAGGAUGAAAUGUUUGCUUAGUUUGUUGUGUACUGAUUUACUUGCCUUAAUCUUUAAAUAACUCAGUGAGAUGAGCUACUGUCACACUAGCGAGAUAAAUAAUAGAUUUUUCAAGCCAAUCAUUGAAACCCAACAGGUUAAACUAUUCAUUAGAACUAUGUACUAAUUAAACACUUGUUCUUAAAGAUCACAUUUUACCUAGUGAGUUUAAACACUAGUUCUAUGUUUUUGUCUGUUUUCAGUCGUUCAAGGUUGUUUAUGCUUGAUAUUACAAAUGAAUAUUUGUAAACACUGUACAUAUUAUUUACCAUUUUAAUCUUUUUUUUUGGAAAAAUCUUGUUACUUAAUAUUUAGGGAUCUACUGGCUUUACCUGAGUGUAUUAUAAUUCAUUACCUUGUUAUAAACAGUAUUUUAUUUUUGGCUUUAAUAUAGUAAAAUAGCUAUAAUAACUCAGGGUAUUCAGCAACUAGUAAUUGUAUCUUUAACUUGCACAAUCUCUUCAGGAAGAAUGCAGAGCUCUGAUUGGUCAAGUUAUUUUCAGCAGAAGUUUGAUGGAAUCUUUUUGACAGUUGGACCAGUUCACUAAAAUUUGCAUUGAUACAUUCCUUCUGUUUGGUUUCUCAAGGGAAAAUUAUUUGCGCUAUGUCUUGUCGCAGCUGAAAUGUGUACAUUUGAUUUAAAAUCUUUUAAUCUGAUUUACAAUUAGAACGUUGCUAAAGCCUUUGUUUGAAAUAAUUUUGUUACCUGCCUUUGUGGCUAUAUGCAAAUUUUUUUUAAUCAAUAUUAUUAAAUAGCGAGCACUGCAACUCUAAUGAAGAUGAUGAUUUUAAUUUUUUUAACUUGCCAAAACUUGGAUUGCUGCCCUUUGUUUAUCUGUAAGAAAAAUCUUUUGACUUAAGUACUGCUUAAUUUUGACAGCAUUAAAUCUUGACAAUUUUUAAUUUUUCUCUUGUAGAUAUAUUAUAAAAAUCAAAACCUGUUAUUUUGUCCAACCAGUUUGUCUUGCCAAACCCAUACUGUAGCCAAUAUUUUAUUUAUAAACUGAAAGCUUAUGUGAGUUGACAUGUAUUUGUUUUAGUGCUGCUUGUAUUUUCUGCUUUAAACCUUGCCACUUUUAAAAUCUUGUAUUAACAUAAUUAUUUCAAGUUAUUAUUAUUUCAUUAACUUGACGAACUCAAGUCUGGGUUUAAUGCCUGGCUGUUAGAAUCAAACAGAUAAAACUGUACCAGAUAUUUUAAAACUUGCUAAUUAACUUGUAAGGAUUACUGUUAGAUACGCUGGAGGAACUGAUGUUUGAAAAAUGUUUAGUCGUGUUGAAAUGUUAACAAAAUUUCUACUUACUGUGUGAUUUUCAAAAACCGUAUUUUACUUGUAAACACCAUAUUGAUUGAUCACUAUGAAGAAUUUUUUUUUGCCUAAUGUUUCAGCUAGUAGAGGGCAUAAAAAUAAAAUUUUGUUGAUCAUUUAUCAUUCUAUCAAUCCAGACCAUUUUAAAGUACCAUUUGCUGUGUUCUUUGUUUCAGAUUGUAUACCAUUUCUGUUUGUAUUUACAUUUUUAAUUUACUUUAUUAAAAUCAAUUUCUUCUAUUUCUUUAAAAUUUUCUAAAUUGAGCAAUAAAUAAUUUUUGGAUUAUUCUAUUGUUUGUGGGGGGGAAAAAGGUAUAUUUUAAGGGCAAUUGGGUGCUUUUGUUUCUUUUUAAUCUAGCAACAAAAGUGGACAAAGAUCUGGCUGAUACUACUAAUAGAGAUAUUCCCACUAUUUUUUAAAAAAAUAUUUUAUUAUAUAUUUCUACCUGCCAAUAGUUUUAAAUAAUUGUUAAAAGGCUUAACAAUUUAUAACCUGUCAUUAGGAAAUAGAAAAUAAAUAUUGUGAAACUUGUUAAUGACAAGUUUUUCAUUGACAGGGUAUUUGCCUUGAAAUUAUUCACUUUUAAAAACCAAGUGCCUUUGUGUUAUUUUGUGAUACCCUAUGUGAUGAUCUGUUUUAAUAAAAAUUUUAACUACAUAUCACAAUUAUGCUCCUGGUUGUACUGAGACAAAUAUUACAUUGUAUUAUGGUGAAAGAUGUACUCAAUAAAUUUGUUUUAUCUCAUA